AUGCCUGUCUCCAAGAAAAUGAAGGUCCAACGCGAGCAUCGCAAAGCUGAAGCAGCAGGAACGCGCGCACCAGUCAAGGCCAACGGUCUUCCUGUGAAAGCCGCGAAGCCGACCUCUCUCUGCGCUAAUUGCCGGAAAGAAAUUGUCAAUACGAAUUUGAAGCAGCUGCAAGUUCAUGCCGAGACUCACGAUCAGAAAGUCUGGACAAAGGAGAAGUGCUGGCCGAAGGAAUUCCCUGUUACUGCGGAAGCUGCAGCGUAG